CUUCCGGUGUCUGCGGCUGCAGCGUCGGCGGGCGGGUGUCGGCAUGGAGGCCGUGGAGGAGCUCGACGUGGACGUCGAGGGGGACGUAACGGCGGGGGGCGCCGGAGAAGCGGAGCCGGGAAGCUAUGAAAAUCCUUCAUCCAGCUUACUCCAAGAUCAUUACCUUGAUUCAACUUGGCGAACUGAUAUGGGUCUUCCAUGGAGUCUUGAUAGCACAAUUAGUGAAGAAAACAGGACUGCCAUUGAGAAGAUGUUGUUGGAAGAAGAAUACUAUCUGUCUAGCAAAUCCCUCCCAGAAAAAAUUUGGCAUGAACUGAAGGAAAGUGAUAAAAAGUGCACGAAAAGCCACAAGAAAGAAGCAAAAGUAACGAUACGCUUACCUACAAAAUCAGCUAGUGGAUCGCUGAAGUGGACAGUGAAAGAAAAAGAACUAUUUGAACAAGGACUGGCUAAAUUUGGCAGAAGAUGGACAAAAAUUGCCAUGAUGAUUGGAAGUCGCAAUGUUCUCCAAGUAAAGAGCUUUGCCAGGCAGUACUUUAAGAACAAGGCAAAAACGGAUGGCUCAGAAAAAGUGGAACUGCAGCAGUAUGUCAAUGUUCCUCUUCCCAGCGUCAGUCAGGAUGAUGAAGGGAAGGUGGUGUCAUGGGCACUCUUAAGAGGUCGGGCAGACCCUAAUCUAAAUGCAGUGAAAAUUGAAAAAUUAUCAGAUGAUGAGGAAGUAGACAUUACAGAUGAGGUGGGUGAGCUACUUUGCAAUGUACCUCAGCAAGAAGCUGGAAAGUCUGAUUUAUUAGAUAUUCCAAAAAGUCCAUCAGGAGAGAGCAGUUGGACAGAGCCUAUCUUGGAUUCUGCUGGACACAUGCCUUCAGUUCUGUUAACAUCAAGAUACAUUCCAAAGCCAGAGCAGAGCACAGUUGAGAGUCUAGAGACUGCAAUGUCAUGCUCCGAGAACAGUGGUCAUGGAGCCAUGCUUUCAGAAAAUCAGAAAUGUGAUGGGAAAGGAAUUUCUGAUGAUACCGAUUGGUUUCCUAAUCCAGAGAAUUGCAGAGAACAGAGAGACUUCACUGAAAACAGUCUUCUUUUCCAUCCUUCCAACCAACUGGAAGAGGAGAAUCAGAUAGAUGCAGAGGAGCUCAAGCCACCAGAUCAAGAAGUAGAAAUAGAUAGACAGACUGUACUAGAAGAAGAAAAGCAGGCAAUACCAGAAUUUUUUGUGGGACGACAAGCCAAAACACCUGAGCGCUACCUGAAAAUUAGAAACUAUAUUUUGGAUCAGUGGGAAAGAAUCAAACCAAAAUAUCUGAACAAGACUUCAGUACGCCCAGGGCUGAAGAACUGUGGGGAUGUUAACUGUAUAGGACGGAUACACACAUACCUGGAGCUAAUAGGAGCAAUUAACUUUGGUUGUGAGCAGGCGAUAUAUAAUAGACCACAGCAAGUUGACAAAAUUCGACCUAGAGAAGGCAAAGACACCAUAGAAGCAUAUCAGCUUGUGCAGCGGCUACAGUCUAUGCGUACAAGGAGACGGCGCGUCAGAGACCCCUGGGGAAACUGGUGUGAUGCCAAAGAUUUGGAAGGACAGACUUUUGAGCACCUUUCUGCUGAGGAUCUAGCUAAGAGGAGAGAAGAGGAGAAGCUGAGACCACCGAAAGCAUCUAAAGGACAAAGGCAGUCCAAAAGUUCAUUUGAUCCCUUUCAGCUGAUCCCUUGCUGUUCCUUCACAGAAGAAAAACCAGAGCCAUUCCAAGUAACGGUAGCUGCAGAGGCACUUCUCAUAAUGGAUUUGCAUGCCCAUGUUUCAAUGGCAGAAGUAAUAGGACUGCUAGGUGGAAGAUACUCUGAAACUGAUGGAAUAGUUGAAAUUUGCGCAGCAGAACCGUGCAAUAGCCUCAGUACAGGAUUGCAGUGUGAAAUGGACCCAGUAUCUCAAACACAGGCAUCGGAGACACUUGCUGCUAGAGGUUACAGUAUUAUUGGGUGGUAUCAUUCUCACCCUGCCUUUGACCCUAAUCCUUCAAUACGAGAUAUUGAUACCCAGGCGAAAUACCAGAGCUAUUUCUCCAGAGGUGGGUCAAUGUUUGUUGGUGUGAUAAUAAGUCCUUAUAAUCGAAAUAACCCUCUUCCGCAUUCCCAGAUUACUUGUCUGGUAAUCAGUGAUGAGACCAGUCCUGAUGGAUCCUAUCGCCUGCCAUACAAGUUUGAAGUGGGACAGAUGUUGGAAGAACCUAAAUGGGAAUUAGUACUGGAAAAAACACGAUGGAUAAUUGAAAAAUACAGGAUGUCUCAUAGCUGGGUGCCCAUGGAUAAAAUCUUUCAUAGAGAUUCAGAUUUGACCUGUCUGCAGAAGUUGUUGGAGUGUAUGAGGAAGACUCUAGGCAAUGUGGCAAAUAGUUUCAUCGCUGAAGAAUUCCUGGCACAGCUAGAAAACCUAUUCCUUUCAACAUACAAUAAUGAGAAAUGGAAUAAUACUACUGAAGAAAAUAGCAUGUGUCCAAAUGACCUGCCAAUAUGAUAGUGCUGAAAAGAAUAAAUGCUCACUUUAUUAUAAAGUGUCCAUUCUUGAACGUGACAGCAUCCACUGCGGCUCAAGAAAAUGACUGUUACUGAAAGACAGUGUGAAACAAUCAUGACAAACUAUCUGAUCUCUGACGUAACUUCUAAUCUUCUGAAAUUAUGGUUGUGUUGGAAAGAGAUGAAUGAACUACUUUGUCAGCCCACCACCUGGAUAGAACAGUUGUGCCAUUUGUUGCCCCCAAUAGCUGAAGUGAUAGUGUUCUGCUUGCACCAAGAGCUAUUAGAAAUUUGAUGUUAACAUAAAUUAGCUAUAUUGCUUACCUUGUGCCAUUUUAGGGAACACCCCCGUGUUAUACAUUUCAGUGUCUAAUGUAUCUGCAAGCACAUUUUGUCCAGUGGAUAAACGGAGUUGUAUUGCAUAUUGCUGAAAUCAGGAAAGGAUGGGAAACCACUAGACAACAGUGAUAAGAUUUCUCACUCAGCCUUGAGUUCCUUACUUGAUGUGUGCCCAGCCCAUUCAAGAGGCUUACUGCUUUCAACAGAAGUCUGCAAUAGCAAAACAAUAUUGGACUAAAAUCCUUAAUAUCACAUUCUUCUGUCCAGAUUAAUUGUAUAGAUUUGCAGAGUUUGGGUGGCCUUGUUCAUUUCUCAAGAACUAGGGAAAGACGGCUGAGACUUUCCAAACAGAAAUUAAGACUUGUGCUUAAAACAUUCCCUUGACCCUUGAGUAUCGCAACUCAGAAUAUGUACUUAAUAUGAAAAGACAUACAAAGGAGUAAGAAAUUUUCUGAAGGAUUAUAAAACUUUAUUCUUGAAUCCCAGGUGGACUUUUUUAUUUUUACCCUGUGGAAGUUAUGGAUGAAUGUGCAACAUGUUCCACUUCAGCCCCUUUAGUUCAGUAUUAGAAUAUAUUUGACUCAGUAAUCAUCUGCAUGCAAGGGACCCUAUAUCAUAGUGCACUAGGUGUAUUUGCAUUGCUUUUGAAAUAUUACCUGCUACUUGACUCCUUAGACCAUUACGACUUCCAAGUUGCAUGUGAUACAAUGCCUCAUCUUCCCCAUUGAAAUUCUAUCAUAUUGCUAAAUAAUAUUUGGGAAUUCCUCUGGAUUGGAAUAUCCAAAACCAUAGUUUAUGUUUUACAGAGUUAUGUGAUAAUCAUAUUGCAGCUUCUAAAUUUUAUUGUUUACAUCCUUAUUGUAAUUCCUGCAUAUUGCAUAGGACAGCAAUGUAAAUAUUGUAUAUUUGUACAGAAGAGAAUUACUGGACUAUUUGACCCUCACAUAAAAGCACAAUACAGGUAUAUUUGCCCGUGGUGUCUUUAUCAGAAAUUGAGAAGGAUUUUAUCAUUAAAACAAUGCAAAGAACUCUUCUUGCUCACAUUGCCCCUUCAAUAAAUUGUGUGAAGAUGUUUCCAAUGUU